AUGAACAAAAUCGUUUCUGUCUGCAUUCUUGCUCUCCUUGUCUUAUCUGCUUGCUUGGUCAACUGUCAAUACAGCAACAAUUAUGGUACCAAUUAUGGUUCAUAUGGAGGAGCUGGUUCUAACUAUGGUGUCACUGGUGGAAAUUACAAUCAAUAUGCUCAAAAUACUCAAUCCUAUUUGAAUCAAAUUAAUGCAGUCAACUCAAGUCCUUACUCAAGUUAUGGAUCUUCAUAUGUUGGCCCAACAAAUUAUGGUACUAACUAUGGAAGUGCUUACUCAAUGCCAUUCUAUGGUGGUUAUGGAGGUUAUGGUGUUCCUUAUUAUGGUGGUUAUGGUGGUUAUGGUGGAUAUGGUGGUUGUGUUGGUGGUGUUAGAUGGUGUUAA